UGAUCUCAUUCCUCAUACACUAAGCACAUCAUCAACUGGAACCAUGACGCGAUUGAAACGUAAACCAUUCGAAGACCUCGGAACGAAGCAGAAAAAAAACAGAUGCAGCGAUCUAAGCGUUGAAAACACAGACGAAGUGGUGUUUUCAGCUGUAAAGCUUUUAAAAGAAGAUGGUCGGGGUGAAAUUGCACCAGUGAUAGAAUAUAUGUUAAAGAACCCAGAAGCAGUCCAGAAAUUCACUGCAAUCAUCAAGAAGCCUGGUUCUACCGCGUCACUUACAGCAGAGAAGGCAUUAGGUCUACUGAUUUCUUUGAAGUUAAGUAAAUGGCAAUACAUAACUUUACGAGAGACAGCCAUCAGAGAGGGUGCUUCAAACUUAUACCCAUCGUAUUAUAAAGUGCAGAAGGCUAAAUUAGAUUGUUAUCCACCAACGCAAUCUGUUACUGUAACAGAUUUUUCGUGUGAGAUAACAUUGCAAGCUUUGCUGGAUUUAACAGUUACACGAAUUUUGAAUAGUUUACAAGAACAAGUAGAAGACAUGCAGUUAAGUUUAAUUUCUAAAUGGGGAUUUGACGGUGCUUCCAGUCAAAGCCGGUACAAGCAGAAAAUUGGUGGCAGUGAACAAGAUGACUCAAGCAUUUUUAUGACGACUUUAGUGCCACUAAAGCUUAUCUCUGGCGACAAAACAAUUUGGACAAAUCCAAAACCAUGUUCUGCUUCAUAUUGUCGUCCAAAGCAACUUACAUUUACUAAAGAGAACAAAAACUUUGUUCUAGCUCAAAAGAAAAAAAUGGACGAUGAAAUCAAAGACCUAGUGCCCACAGAACAUAGGAACAACAAAGUGACACAUAAGCUGAAGAUGACGAUGGUAGAUGGCAAAAUCUGCACAUAUCUUUCACAGGCUAAGUCAAGUGCAACAUGCGUUUUAUGUUUAGCUAAGCCUAAUGAAAUGAACAAUGUAGACAAAGUUUCGAAAAAAACAGUGCCUGAUACUACCUUAUAUGAAUUUGGACUAUCAUCUUUACAUGCCCGGAUCAAUACCAUGGAAUGCCUUCUUCAUAUAGCAUAUCGAUUGGACUUUUAAGAAUUUUAUGCAACUGAAAAGAGGGGCCUUAAACAGAAGAUGGAACUACGGAAGAAGAUUAUUCAAGAUCGCUUCAAAGACGAACUAAAUCUUUUAGUCGAUGUAGUAAAACAAGGUUCUGGAACAACGAAUGAUGGAAACACAGCACGAAAUUUUUUCGAAGAUCCCGAAAACACA